AUGGUUCUCGGAAAUGGUCUUCGUAUUAUCUGGCUGGAUACACAUAUUGGAGUUAUGGGACAAUAUAAAGCUUUGAAGCAACAAUUUAAAUCUGCUGUUCAACCAGUUGCUGCUAUGCCACCCAAUCAGAUCAAUGAACUUAUUUGCUAUUUUGAAGAAAAUGUUGCUCCAAUCGAAUUUGUUUCUACUAUUGACGAUGCAUUGGCUUUGAUUCAGUACGAGAAGGAUAAAAGAAUUAUCUUGAUUUCAUCUGGUGUACUCGGCGAACAAAUUAUUCCCAUGAUUGUUUCCGAAUAUCCACGUGUUUAUUUUUUCUAUAUUUUCUGUGGUUAUGUUCGACGUUUAGUCGAGUGGGCUCUUGAACGUGGCUACGAUCAUUGCAUGAAAAUUCUCGAUCAUGAAUCUGAUCUUCUCGUCCAUCUCACUCGUGAUAUGUCAAACGAAAUCAUUACGUUGGGACAAAGUUACAUGUCAUUGCACGAUGGAACAAGCGCACGAAAAUGUUUUGUAACUGCUGAGACGCUAGAAAUGCAAGCAAAUGCUGUAGAUGCUUUACAUAAUCGUGCUCCGUUUCUCAAACGUCUUCAAAUACUUCAAGGUCCCAAUGGACUCAUUCAACAAGCGCGCGAUUUGGGUGAAUCACAAAACUAA